AUGUAUGUAACCCAUUUGAAAGACAUUAAGUUAAACGAGUAUGUUGUUGCUGUUAAGAAGUAUUGUUCAAUUUUCCAUGUGGCUCAAGAGUGUUCCAAGUGUGAGUUGAUUUUGAAAGUUGCUGGAGAUUUAAUGGACAGUGGAAUUGUUCCAUUACCUGCCUUAUACAGGAAGCACUUCAGAUCUACCUACAAGUCUGAUAAGGCUAUAAGACGAGUGAUUCAACUUCCAGUGGUUAUAUUCAGAGCAUUUGGACAGUUGUUUGUGACUGAAUAUGUUGAAGAUGUUGAUUUUACAAAGUUAGCAAGUUGUGUUUCACAUUUUGUCCCAGAGGAAAGUCUAACUUCAGGCAUGAGCAGGGAAAGUCUUAAAGUCCUUUGUGAGUUAGCCAGCAGUAAAAAAGGCAGAAGGCUUAUUCGUGUGGCUGCAAGCCAUGGCCAGACAGGUAACCAAGCACGAAAGUCCAUGGGGAUUUCUAACUUGCAUGAAGAAAGGGAAAGGGUCAAAGAGGCUGUUAAGGAGUACGAAGAGAUCAAAAAAGCUGUAAAUGAAAUUGCACAAGCCAGAGAAGGUGCCUUGACUUCUUUCAUUCCAACUGCUUCUUCAGACUCAUCAGAUUCUGAGUAUUCUGAAGGUAGUGAUGGAGAAUCAUGUGAAUGGAGUAGUGGGACUGAAGAAGCAAGUGCUUUGAGUGGCCAGAGGAUUUGUGAUGGGACUGAAGAAGCAAGUGACAUGGAGGAUUUGAGUAGAAGAGGGGUUUCUGAUGGAACUGAAAAAGCAAUUGAAAAGGAAGGUUUGAGUAGAAGAGUGGUUUCCAAUGGACUUGACAGUGAUGGUGUGGGUUACAGUGGGGUUUCCAGGAAGAAGAAUGUAGAAGAUUUAAGUGGAAAGGAGGCAUGCAAUUACAGAGAAGAUUCUUCAGUGUUUUACCCAAGUUAUGAGCACCUUCUUUUGGUUCUCCGUGAAAACAGCUUGAACUAGUUAUCUUUUGUUGAAGAGCUGAAACUAACUCUCCCUAACAUCACAAAGGAGGCAUUGGAUCAGUUGCUGAUGGAUUUUGUUUACUUCCUGUCUUCAUUUGACCUUACACCUUAAGAAGACACUGUUGUUGAGCAGUCAAGACAGGCAUAUCUUGCACAAAGACGUCAAACAGAACGAGAGAAUGCAGAGGUUACUACAGACUCUGAAAGUGAUGACCCCGAAGACUGGGUCGAAUUGCGCCAAGCCAAAACUAUGAACAAAGAUAUGCAGGAGAAAGUCAAGAAGCAACGUCAAAUUUUCAAGAAGUAUAGGAAGCGCCUUAUUGCCAAAGAGGUUACAAAGCGUUGCCUUCUUAGAAGAAGAUUGCCCAAACGUGUAAGCAGGACUUUGCAAAAGUAUCCAGAUAUUGGAACUGAUAUAGAGGAAUAUGCUCGUGAGAAUCGUGUAGGAGCAGAUUCUUGGAGACGUACUGGGGUCUUGACCUUUACAGGAAAUGCACGAAGAAGACCUAAAGUCACAUACAAUCGAAUCAAAUCCCUCCUUGAGAAGAAAUAUGGCACAAGAUUUGGCUAUGGGACAAUUGUGCAGUUGUGUUGUGCUAGAAAUAAAAGAAGGCUUUCUGCAAAGAGAUAUUUUGGAGCUGCAAAGAUAGUGUCCAGACGUGCUCGUAAAGGCUUUUCAAUUAAACUUAACGUUGAUGCCCAUUGGAGCUGUGCUUUUUACAAGGGUUUGGAUUAUCUGCAGCAUAAGGGUGGUUUAAAUAUGACAGUCCUUAAUAGGGAUGAUGCAGCUGGCUUUCGAUUGGAUAGUACAUUUACACACAAGCAGCACAGGGUUCUUUCUGAAGCUGGGAAACCUGAACUCACCACCUACACUGAUUUUCUGAACAAGUACACAUCAACUCUUCAAACCUCAUCGUAUAUGUUCCUGGAAACUGAGUCCACCCCAGAAAUUUGUGUUGGAGUUGUCAAGGCUCACAAUGUACAUGAGAAGAAUCCAGCACAGCAUGCUGCUGACCUUGAAAAGCUGGGAGAGUUUGAGGAAACUAAAUCGGUAUUGGCAAGAGAGAUAGAGUGUGUCCGUGUUGAUGGGGCCUCAGAUGAGGGACCGUCACAUGCAGAAGUUCAAUUUAUGUGGACAGAGAAACACAUCAACCAUGGCAAAAUAUGCACCCUUGUCACUUCCAGAUUUGCUGGUGGAAGCUAUCUGAAUGAGGUGGAAUUGCAAAAUGGGUGUUUGGCCCUUGGACAUUCGAAUUUAUUCAUUCCUUCGACAAUUAAUGGCUCAAACUUUGACAGUAACGGGAAAGUGGAUAUGGCCAAAUUGAAGGCAAAUUUACAAGCAGCAGUUGACGUUUACAUAAGUGUUGUAAAUGGUGCCCCUUGUGGUGGUAAACCCAUUCACUUAAUUAGAGGUGCUGAGGACAACCUCAAUCAGAAAUAUCAAGAGAGAAGACAGAGGCUGCGCAUUUUCUUACGGGGUAGCAACAGGCAGAAAGCAGAGCUGAAGGAAAAGCAUCCUGAAGAACACAGAGUAUUUUGCUAA